AUCGUAUUUUAUUUUGUUCGCGUGUGUCGACAAUCUUUUGCUGUAGCAGUUUCAUGAAUCCGAGGUUAAAUCGUAAUGGCUGCGACUUGACUCAGAAGGAAGUGAGUGGUGUGGUGCAUUGAAAAAAGCUGCGAAGUUUGCUUGUUCUCGCGAGUUCAAGUGGGUGUGUGAGGUGUAAGCCAUGAGUGACGAUAGAAGCGAGGAAGAUCCAAUAAUGGAUCUUUGGUACUCAAACUGGGAACAGCAAUGUGUCGAGGCGAUCGAGGCCGAGCCCGACUAUGAGAAUCAGCUGCACAACCAAAAGGAAUUUUACGCGCAACAAAUUUGGUCUGGAUUUCAUUCUACGGCAACAGCCAUAGCCCAACUUUACAAAGAUCGCUCCCAGGGUGCAUCCCUUUGGUUGCCCUUUCAGACUGCUGCGGGUACGGUUACCUCGUUGUACAAAGAAUCUGUGGAGGGAAUGAAAAAAUGUUGUGAAUUAGGCACUGAAUCGGGAAAGCAAAAACGUAGCAAAGAGAUAAUGAAUUGGGCUAGAAAAAAGAGGCGCAUGAUUCGCAGGGAAGACCUGUUAGCAUAUCUUGCUGGUAAACCACCUCCUUCAAGGCCACACUCGCACAGAAGUUCGCCAAAACCACGAAUGAUGGUUUGUGGUUCGCCACCUCAAAGUCCAACGGCUAGCAUGGUUGUUACUCCAACCCCGACACCAGGAAGUGAUACCGAUCCGGAACUACACACCUUUCGGGAAGCAAUUGCUCUUUCUGGCUCGCCAAUGUCACGACGAAUGGGUCGACAAACGGAAUUGUCCGCUUUCAUCAGCAGUGAAUUUGCUCGUCAUCAUAAAAGACCAGCUUCUCAUGAUGUGGAUAUGGGAUCUCCAACGCACAAACGAUCGCGUUUCAUGUAACGGCGCGCGAACUGUAAAGUAGCAACACGCCUUUUUUCCUACUGAUUAGUUAUUACUAUCGAUAGCUGAUGAUCCAAUUUUGAAAAAUGAUUUUUUUUCUACUGUUUAAUCAUCUUGCAAGAUUGGAUUAUGAAAGAAAAAGAACCUAAUAGUUAACCAAAAGAGCACGUUCGUCGGCCCUUUCUCAAAUAUAUUGGGAUCUUCCCUUUCGUCUUUUUUUUUAAUUUUAAACUAACCUCUGCGUCUGUCGCUAUUAAUGCGAUUGCACCAAAGAAAUCCGUGAGAAAUAAUACCUAAAUUACUCGACUGUCAAAAAAAAGUUCGCAGAAAUUAUCGCAAAUUCUUUCAUGUGAGAAUACUUUCUUCAAGUUAGCAAUUCUUCUUCUUUUUCCUCUUCUUCUUCUUCUUCAACUUGAAGAUUAUAAAUUUUCUGUGAUGGAAAGUUUCUGUAUUCGAAAAUUUGAAUCAGCGAGAUAAAAGUUUUUUUUUUUUUUUGGUGUUUCCGGACGUGCAACAGUACCUUAUAAUCUUUCUCCCUGUUGUCGUGUGCUCGGAUAAUUUAAAUAUACGUACCGAUUUUGAAAAAUUAGGUAUUUUGUAGUUAUUUUACUGUUAAAAAAAAAAUACCGAGUAAGCACAUAUUGUGAAAAAAAAGUCCUUUCGUAAUUUAAAUAUUGUUUUUUUUUCUUUACUUCUAACGUUGUUAAAUUACUUUGAUUAUAGAGAAAUUAUUUCUAAAUCUUUACGAAUGUCUUUUUUUACCAAGUUUUUUGUUGCCCUAAAGGUACGAACAAUAUUAAGAGAACAAGUUGCACGCAAAAAGAAAAUUUAGAAAACUCACUGCAUUUCUUUUUAGUAUAUAUAUCUUAUCUAUCUCUUUGUCUUGGCCAUUUAGUGAAAAAAAACAAGUUUCUUCAAACUUAUUAAUCUAUUUGUAAAAAAAAAAUAAUUUUGUUACAUUAUUUCCAAGAAAAUAAUACUGUUUGUUUAUAUAUACUAGAAUCGUUUUCAUCAUGUGCAAUCUUUUUUCAGGGAAACAAAGGACAAUUUAGUUCUUGUUCAUGUAUUUCAUUUGUCGUAGUGAUUUACUCUCUUUAUUUCUAGACAAACAAUUUAAUUAACUCUUAUUCUAGACGAAUAUUCAUUCUCUCUGCGUUUAGGAUUAUAGAAAAAUUUUCUUCGAAAUUGCUAGAUAAUGGAGAUAAAAAAUUUAGUUUUUCCUUUGUACAGGCCAUACAGUGAGGAAAGAAUUAAUUUUUUGGAAUGAAAAUUUUCCAAAAAAGUAAACAAAAAAAGUAUCCUUAUAACUUUGUAUAAAUGUGUUUAUCAGAGCUCAAAAAAUCGGAACUUAAAAUCGAAAAUUGUCUAGACUUUUUACAGGAGCAACGUUUACACCUCAUUGUAGUCGAAAAAUGCUCGAACAAAAUUCACUAUUAUUAAUGUGAUUAAUGUAAAAUUUGUUAUUUCGUUUAGAUAAGAAUUAUGUACUUUUUAAUUAGAAUCGAAUGUGUUAACUUUUUUUUGGGAAAAUUGUCAAAAAAAAACAUAUAGUGAAUUUUGUUCAAGUUUUGUUUUAAUUGUAUAUAGGUGACAACUUAUAUCUAGGAUGUAUCAAAGUUGUGAAUGGCAAUGCGAUCAUUAUAUUUUUGGAAAAAACGAAUGUUCGCAAUGAUUUUUUUUUUGUUUCGAGAAAAAAAAUUGAUUUAAGUUCUUUGAAUAUAAUGCACGUAUGAAUUAUAAAAACAUAACAUUUUUUCAAUAACUUAUAUCAGACGUUAACAUAGUACAGGCAAAUCUCAUAGAUUUUUUUUCUUUUGUAAAGGGAAUAGAAUUUUGAAACAUGAGUAAAAAUAUUUUUUAAUUCACUCUGAGUAGAAAUAUUUUUCAAUAUUUAGCGUUUAUUGAUAAUAAUUUUAAUAAAUAGUAAUAAAUAGAAAGUGAAAUAAAUUCUAGUUGUGAAUAUUAUUCACUAGUAAAAUAAAUAUUUCUUUUUUCGGAAAGUAAAUUUCCCUUUUUCAUUUAAAAAAAAAAAAUCGAGAGUUUUGCAUUUGUUUUCUCUAUAUUUGAGACUUCCGAGCGGGCUUCGUCUCGCGUGUAAGCCAGAAUUGUUGUUCAGUUGUAAAUAUAGUGUAUGCUAAUAAUCAUAAAGUGUAUGAAUAAUGCUAAUACUGAUAAAAAAAAACUAAUAAUUAUUGACUCUAUUCGAUAGCUUUAAUUAAAAUAUUUAUCAAACAGUCAGCACUUAUAUUAACAAAAAAAAAGUAUAUAUAUAUGUAUAUUUUAAGUCUGACUCAAUAUUUGGAAUACUUGAAAGGAAAAGAAAAGAUAGAUUUUGGUUUUUAACUGAAAAUUUAUCUUUAAUGUACAGACAUUAUCUUGUAAAAGAAAAAAAAAAUUCUCUUGUGGAAGAGAUAAUUACAGAUGCCAUAAUUAGGUGCAUUUUGUAAAAAAAAGGAACAUUCUUGAUUUUGUAGAUAUACGCUAUCGAUUAGUUUUUUUUUUCCUGUCUUGUCUGGUAUAUAUAGCAAUAAUUAUUGUUACAGAAAAUAAUUGCGCAUAGAUUAAAAAAAAAUUGUACACAAUGCAUGCACAGUACCGUUUACUGAUGAUGCCAAAAUCGUUGCACUGUCCUUUAUUUUAUUAGUUUUGAUUUAAAAAAUUUAUAUUGAAACAUUUUUUUAAUCGAUUUGAAUUUCAAAUUUUGCAAAUUAAAUUUAUAUUUAAAUAAAUUUGCAAAAAUUCAAAAAAAUAUUUAAUAUAUUUGUUUCAAUACGUUUAUAUAUACAUUAAUUACUUUUGGUAAAAUUAAAUGUAUAUUUUUAUCUUUUAUAUAAUGUAAAAUUGAAUUUAUGCAUUAAAUAAGGAGGGAAAAGUGUUACCGAAUUCAAAGUAUAUGAAAAAUUACUUUGCAACAUAAUUUUUUCCAGUCAAAUUGCAAAAUUUAGCAGAUAGACUGUACAUGUCUCUAUAGAAUAUCAAUAAUAGCUUUACCGUUUUUAUUAAUUUUAAGAUAAUUAUUGAAUAAUAAUAAAAUAAACACAAAUACUCGAUUUGUCUUCAAUUGAAGAAAAGGCGAUGACAGAGUAAAAAAAUUAUUAUUGUAACGCAACAAUUUUCUUUUUAAUUUUAAAUUCUUUUGUAUAUUGAAAAUAAGAGAAAAAUUGACAAAAUUUCCAUUUCGCUCAAAUAGGUAAAAAAAAUCAAAGUUCUACUCUCCUUUAAAAAGAAUAAAAAUAAUGUAGUAGGUCAAAUUAUCAUUUUAUCUGCCUUUAAAAUGAAUAUUUAUUCGUUUUCUCAGUACGCAAAAGGAAAACAUACUUUUACUUUCUUCGAUAUUGUUUGUUGCAUUCAUCUUGGGAAAAUUAAUAAUUUCACUUGUAAAAAUAAUUUAUGAAAACAAAUCGAAGCGUGUAGACAGAGAAUGUGAGCAGACUCUGGACACGCAAUAAAUAAGUAGGUAAUCCAUAAAAAUAAUGUAUACGGGCAAAAACUUCUAUUAUUGUUGAAAACACCGUUUUUUUAAAAUAACUGAAAAGAAAUUUUAAGAAUUUAAAACUCGAGGAAUUUUACUUAACAACUUCGUUAUUUGGAUGCUUAGUUUUUAAAAAAAAAUAUAAUUUUAAUUAUGAUGAAUUUUACAAACAACGAAGAAUGUUAAUUUAGAAAAAAUUUUACUUUAAAUUCGAAUUGUUAAAUUUGGAUAUUAUUUAACAAUAGGUCACUUUUGUUUUUGUUCGUUGUAUACAAUGUUAUACCGUGGACGAUUGUAUGGGGAAGAAAGUUAUAUAAGAUCCGCAUUAUCUGGUAAAAAAAAAAGAACGUAUGGUGCUGUUAUUUUCUUGCGAACAUAAAAAAAAGCUUGUAUAUUUUUGCCUCUUGUUUGUAUGAUAAUUAUUUACAAAAUAAAAUUAAGAAAAUGUA